AUGACCAAAUCAAUGUUCUCAAAGCCACUAUUCCUCAAGCCGCAAAAGAGGCAGAGAGAUGCAAAAGCCAUUGAGGAACCGUCGGCGUUAACGACCCCAAUUCGUCACUCUUAUUCAUCUUUGACGCCCAUCGAUCGUCAAACAAAAAAGGAGGAAGAUUGUCUUCGAAAGCUGAGAGAAGAAUGCCGCUUGGCAAACAUCUCCGUCUCUGACAACAUCAUCUUUCGCUUUGCUUGCUACUACGACUUUAACUUCGAAAAGGCUCGACCUGCCAUGGUUGAAAAGUUCAAUGAUCCCCAUCUUCACUAUAAAAUGGACGACGAACUCUUGGACCAGUUCCAAAACUUGGUUAUCUUUCCCCUACCGCGUCUCAGAACCAGGAACAUGAAGCACGAAGUGCUCUACUUUCACGCCUCUCGCCACUUCACAGCGACAAUGGAUACUCAACUGUUAAUCAGGAACAUGACCUACAUUUUCAACGACAUGAGCCUGACUGAAGAUCAAUGCCGCAAUGGAGUUGCGAUGAUAGUGGAUUUGAACCACUGGACAUUCAAGAACUUCACACCCGAGUGCUCAAACAAGUUUUUCAAGGCAUUACAACAUCAAGUACCAACAAAGGUAGAAGCAGUUCUCGUUAUGAACGGUCCCCGCUGGUUUCCAAAAGUUUAUCGCCAUCUGUUCAAGAAAAUGUUGUCCAAGCAAUUUGCCAAGAAAGUGCAUAUCUUGAAGAAGCCGCAGCAGUUACAAAAUCAUCUGAUGGAUGGUUGUGAAAAAUAUUUGCCAGUUGAAAUGGGAUACUCUGUCGAUUCAACAGAGAUUGUUGAGGAUUUUGUCGAUUGGAAGCGUCACACUGAAUCCAAACUGAUCGUAAACGAAAAAUGA